AGGUUCGCUUCGCCCCAUCAGAAAAUUGCGAUUUUGCAGGAGACUUGAAAACCCUACGUCCUGCAGAUUUAUCAUCCUGCUUGAAGAGGCCAAGCAUGCUUUUCGAUGGCCCAGCAGUCAGCGCUACUCGGGAAAGUGACCGGGGUCAGAUCCAAUAAGAAGCGCACCUCCGACCAAGUCCUCGCCUCUUCUUACUGCUUUUGAUGGCUGCCCCUCCCAUCGCCAUCGCCAGUCAUCACGAUGGCAGCGGCAGAGCACCCCAAGCGAUUGGGCAGAAUGGCCUGUCCCUCGACAAAACAGCCUUGCCUGUCACAUGAUGGUAGCAGUUCUGGAGGCUGAACUCGAGUCCUUAUCGCCAUCUUGAGGAACUUGAACCUGAUCGCAUCUUCUUCCAUCCCAUCCACUGCGGUAUAGCCAUAUCACUAUCAGAUGGCGACUGCCCACCUCGAAUUCCCCUUCCUUGAGGAGGUCUACACCCCACAGGGCCCUCCACUGAUUGACUUCGUCUUCGUCCACGGCCUGAACCCUCGUGCACGACAUGACCAUGCUUUCAACACCUGGACCCACGAAAAUGGCACCUUCUGGCCGCGAGACUACCUCCCACAGGAUAUUCCCAACACUCGAGUCUUUGUCUAUGGCUACAACUCGACAGUCACCGACGCCAGGACCAUGUCCACUGCUAGCAUCAAAGACCAUGCGAAUACUCUGCUGAACUUGCUAGAUAUGGAGCGUAACGAGCAGCUAGGUGUGAGGUCUCCGAAAAUAAUCUGGAUUGGUCACAGUCUAGGAGGCUUGGUGAUUAAGCAGGCUUUACUUAAUGCGCAUGAAGACCGAAAGUACACUGCGAUCCGCACCGAUACCUGUGGUCUCGUCUUCUUCGGCACUCCGCACCGGGGAGCGAAAGGCGUCGAGCUAGGAAAGAUCGCCGCCAAUGUGGCAAGAUUUGUCUCCAAAGGCCACGCCAAAAAUGAUCUCCUGGUAUGCCUCGAGGAGAAUGGCCUCUUCACCAGGCAGAUGUCCAGCCGAUUCUCUCACCAGCUUGAAGACUAUCAAGUCGUCAGCUUCGUUGAGGGCAAAGAGGUAUUCAUCGGCGGCGCCGGGCCAACUUCAGUCAGUCAUCUUGUCGUUGACGAAGAGUCCGCCAUUCUGGGGCUACCCGGAUCCCGCGAGACUCGUUUAAAGCUGGAUGCGGACCACUCGCAGAUGUGCAAAGUCGGCAGUCGAGGAGCGAUGUACAAGCUGAUCAAAGGCAAUAUCAAACAAAUCGCUGAUCAGGUCCUCCUUGCCGAGCGCGGAUUCAUUCCAAAACCAUCGCCGUCUCCGAACCCCGGCCCUCCCUUACCACCGCGAAUGCAUACGAAUAGCAGUCUGCCAUACCCUGGGCCCCCGCGUACACCAGACCCGAACGAAGCCCGUGUCAUUGGAGUGCUCUUCAAACCCGCUGACAACGAUCCGAGGUCAAUUCAGGUGGCAAAACUCAUGAACGAAUGGAAAUGGGAUGAUGCAAGGAGAGUGCAAUAUGCCCUUUUCCAGGAGCACUACCGAUCAUUGGGCCAAGACCACUAUAGCAGUUUGCUUGCUGGGUACUAUCUCGCGAGUAUUGAGCUUGCAUCCGGAUGCCUCAUAAAAGCGAGAGAAUGGUGCGAGUGGGUCUGUAACAACUCUCAGCGAGUCCUCGGCAAGCGACACGAGCUCGCAAUGAAGUCAGAGAGCAUGAUGGGCGAAGUCAUCAUCCGUCAGGGAAACCCGCAAGAAGGCGAGUCGAUCUGUGCCAAUGUGCUUGCUCGCCAACAGAUGACGAUAGGCGACGAUCAUCUAGACACCCUGGAAACGCGUCGGCGAGUGGCGGCCGCUUAUGGCCACAUGAACCGACGCGCCGACGCCAUUCAAGCAGUUACAAAGUACAGCGAAAGCGUUGGACACCUCCUCGGGCAGAAUCACAUACUCUACCUCGCAAGCGUCCUCGACCUGGCGGAGCAGGUGCUCUCCCACCGACUAAACAACACUGAGGACAUCUUUGUCAGACAAAGCACCGGCAGCGACCCCCAGGCAGAAGCCAUCGACGCCGUCGUCAAAGAACUCACGACCCGACUUGGCCCGCACCACCCCCUCACCAUCCGUGGUCUCUGGAUGAGCGGCGCAAUGAGCGCCCUCGAUCCAGACGCCGGUCCCUCCGCAAGAGAAACUCUCCGCCGCGCCCUCACCACGUCAGAAGAAUACCUUGGCCCCGAGCAUGCAGAAACAAUGAACAUCGUCAGCGUCAUGGGCGUGAUGUUCGCAAUCCGCGGCUCAAUGACUCAGUACGGCUACAACCCUUUCAUCCAGGACACAGAGGCCAAUCUCGAACAAGCGCUCCCAUGGUUAGAACGGUCUCUUCGCUGGACAGAAUCCCGCCAGGGCCUCGGAGCCCCAGACGUCCAAAGCAUUCUCGGCCUCAUUGCCAAGAUGUACUUUCAGUCUCGGAGAUACCCACAGGCACAACCUUACUACGAGCGCCUCAUCGCAUCCUAUAAAGCGGCCGGUACUCCGGUCCCCGAGGAUAUUCAAAGCACUUAUCAACUCGUUCGGAUGAAUACGAGGUUUUCGUCGUCCAACACUAUAACACAGGCGGCGUUUGGCGGAGGAAAUGGGUUUGGAUCGGGCGGCAGCAGUGGCUCAAACCUGAUGGAGAUCAUCAGGUCAUUCAAACGGUUGUAGACAAUGUCACAUUUUUCAGCUUUUGUACCUGGUAUACAGAGCUUGGUUGAUUUUUCCCCUUGAUUAUAUACUUGCUGCAUGGGUUUGUUUUGUUUUGAUCCGCAUCCAACGGGGCGGACAUUGCGAUGGGCGUUGUAUAUGGAAGCGAGAUGACUUUUAUUUAAUGGAUGAUGAGUAUUGAAUGUCUGUUCAGUUUUAAACUGUAGCUGCGCGGUGUACGAGUCUAGCAUCGCGAGCGGGUGACUACCCCAGAAUAUCUACACCAAC